UAGAAGAAUGGGAAAUAUAUCUAUAAAACAAUUAUAUCUAUAAAAGAUUAAAUUUUAACUAACUCAAAUAUUUUUAAUCAAACUAAGUUAUGACUAUGUGAUUAACGUGUAAAAGCUUGAAAAUAAAAACGCAGAGAUUUCGCAAGACGAAUCGUGCGAAAAGAUUCUACGAAACGAUUUACUUGUUCUUUUAUAUUCGCAAACUUGUCUUAAGAGAAAAAUUGGGCCACAGUAUAAUUUCUCUUUUGCUCACAGUAUCGUGACGCUUAUCGCCAAGUGUCAACUAAUUUUAGUUUAGAUUUUUAAAUCACAAUAAAUGUCUUAAAUCAUGACUACAAUAAAUGUCUUAAGUCAAGAUGUCGCAAUGACAUCACAACAGUCUCAAACACAAUCUCAACAGACACAAUUUGUAUCACAACCUCCAAAGCAGCAAGUAGUACAGCAACCAUCUACUCAACAACAACCUCAACAACAACAAAGUUCCUUCAAUGAUUUCCCACAAUUUUUGACUAAAACAAGAUUACAAGAUCUUGUGAAAGAAGUAGAUCCUACUGAACAAUUAGAUGAAGAAGUAGAAGAAAUGUUAUUACAAUUGGCAGAUGAUUUUGUAGAAACAACUGUCAAUGCAGCAUGUUUGUUAGCCAAACAUCGUCAUGCAAAUACUGUAGAAGUAAAAGAUGUACAAUUACAUUUAGAAAGAAAUUGGAAUAUGUGGAUUCCUGGUUUUGGUACAGAUGAAGUACGUCCAUAUAAACGUGCAACAGUUACUGAAGCACAUAAACAAAGAUUAGCACUUAUACGAAAAUCAAUUAAAAAAUAUUAGUCUCUUCUGUACAUUUCA